AGACUAACGUUAAAUGAAAUGUCGAUAUUGCCCUGAGUGGUAAGGUCUUCUUCAACUGGUGGUGUCUGUAGCUGCUGCAACGAACGAGAACGCAUCGCAUCGCAUCAUUUUGAUUGUUCUUCUUCUGCUUCUUAGAUGGCUAAUCGGCACACGAUUAUUCUAAUGCAGACCUCUCAGAACAGAGCAACUAGAACAUUCAUGGAUUAUGAAUCAAUAACUCAGGCCAUGGAUGGCAUAUGUGCACUGUAUGAAAGGAAACUGAAAGAGUUGAAUCCGGCUAUCAGAAAUCUCUCUUAUGACAUUUCGGAUCUCUACAACUUCAUAGACGGUCUUGCAGACAUGAGUGCUCUAGUUUAUGAUAGUUCAAUUCAUGCUUACUUGCCUCAUGAUCGACAGUGGAUUAAGCAACGAACCUUUCAACAUUUGAAGAAAUUGGCACAUUGAUUGAUCCUCUGAUUUUUAGCUAUUUAAUGUAAAGUAAAUCGCGAAGGGAAGAACCUGCCUGUUAUGUGGGCUAUACUCCGAUGGCUAUGUUGGUUGAUAUGAAAAUUCACAUGCUUUUGGGACAUCUUUAUAAUAUAAAUAGUUAGUGCCACUGAAAUUUCAAAAACAAAUGAUUGUUGUGGCGUGUUUUACUUUAUCCUAUGUGUAAAAGCCUUGGCCUUUUCUGAAAACCUGCAUCGUGUACUAUUGUAUUACUUAUCCUUAGAUCUAUGAUUCACAAUGUCAUAUGAAUGCUAGUUUUGAGAGUUUAUAUUUGACAUGACUAAUUU